AUGGGGAUCACGCAAGUGGUCAAGGGGCUCGAACUGGGGAUGGAGGAGUCGCAGAACCAGCGAGAUAAGCGGGUAGAGGAGCUGUGGAGGAAGCUCGAUCCCCAUGCGACCGGAGAGCUCGACCUCAAGGGUUUACAGACCGGACUGAAGAAGAUGGAUCACCAAUUCAGGGUGUUUGUUGAGACCGCUGAGAAGCAGCUACUCCUGCUCUUCCGGUCUAUAGACACAGACAAGGACGGGCGACUGGACAAGAAAGAGCUGUGCAAAGCUUUCCAGAAGGCCGGUAUGACCGUGCCCUCUCGACGACUGAGCGGCUUCUUUGACGAGAUCGAUAUGAACCGUGACGGCUUCAUCAGCUUUGAUGAGUGGCGUGAUUUCCUGCUCUUCACACCCGCCGUCCACGAUAGUGACUCGCCCCUGGAGGCUGCACUGUCUUUCUACUCAUCCAUCGUCACCCUCGGACCGGAGGGUGAUUCUAUGGUCAGCGAGGAAACCCUUGAAGGUCUAGGUACGACUGGCUUUCUUCUUCAAGCCCUAUUUGGUUCCAUAUUGAAGCUUGCCCAACCUCCCACUCCACCUCCUGAGCAAGUACCUCGACAGACUUCCCCACCGUCGCGGAAGACUUCGAGGUCCGGACCUCAGCCCACUGAAUCCUACGCAUCCUUCGACCAAGCGCCUGCAGAGGCAGUUUCACAAUCAGCAGGAGCCAAGCCAGACAUGGCAUCUAGGGCCUUUGCGCACAACACCACCGGCCAAGCUGGCAGCUCAGCCGUCGUCGAGGCUGCCGAGAAGGCCAUUUCGGGCCUGCGUGCCCACCUCGGCGAGGAACAGAGCCUGGAGGAGCAGGCCUCAUCUUCUCAUUCCGUCCUCUCCCAAAAGGCAUGUGAGACGAAGAAAACCAAACUGACCCAGUACCUGCCUGAACCAGGUUAUUUCCUCGCUGGAGCUGUUGCCGGUGGUGUCUCGCGUACUGCAACCGCCCCCCUCGACCGGCUGAAGGUGUAUCUGCUGGUCAACACAAAGACUAGCGGCGAGGCCACGGUGAGCGCGGCCAAGUCGGGCAAGCCCAUCUCGGCGCUGAAGCGGGCUACCCACCCGAUCGGCGAGGCGAUAGCCAGCCUCUACAGGUCGGGUGGGCUCCGCACAUUCUUUGCGGGCAAUGGCUUGAAUGUGGUCAAGAUCAUGCCCGAGACGGCGAUCAAAUUUGGUUCAUACGAAGCAGCGAAACGGACUCUCGCGACCUUUGAAGGCCACGGAGACUCCACUCAGAUCCAAUCGACGUCCAAGUUCAUCGCCGGAGGCCUGGCUGGUAUGACUGCCCAGUUCUGCGUGUAUCCUUUGGACACUUUGAAGUUUCGCCUGCAAUGCGAGACAGUCGAGGGAGGACUCAGGGGCAAUGCGCUCUUGUUGCAGACAGCCAAGAAGAUGUACGCUAGCGGCGGCAUUCCGGCCUGCUACAGAGGCGUCACCAUGGGCCUUAUCGGCAUGUUCCCGUACAGCGCUAUCGACAUGGGCACGUUUGAGCUGCUCAAGAAGACUUUAACAUCGUACAAGUCUCGAUACUACGGCAUUCACGAGGAGGAUGCCGCCCCGGGCAACUUUGCGACCGGAAUCAUCGGCGCUACGUCUGGCGCUUUCGGCGCGACCGUGGUCUACCCGCUGAACGUGCUCCGAACCCGACUCCAGACUCAAGGCACGGUCAUGCACCCGCCGACCUACACUGGCAUAUGGGACGUUGCGCACAAGACUAUCCGCAACGAGGGAGUCCGUGGACUGUACAAGGGUUUGACGCCCAACAUCUUGAAGGUGGCUCCGGCGUUGAGCAUCACCUGGAUUGUAUAUGAGAACUCUAAGAGGGUUCUGGGCCUGCACUGA